AUGGAGAUCAUAGAUUCUUUCGAAGUCAUGAAAAAGGUUGAUGGCAAGUUCCAGAUAUACGUCAAAGUGAUAGUCAGGCAGGACGAUGACUACUACAUUGGCAAAUGGAGAGACCGAAGACAACUGCCCGACAAGUUUUCUCAGCUAGAAGACGCCAAGAUGAUCCCGACAAAGGAUAGAGGUCCGGUGAUGAAUCCCCAAUGGACGACUGCACCACAGACGGGCGACUUUUACGUGAAGAAGCCCGACCUCCAGGAUUAUGUGGACCCUAAGCUGGAAGAACGAGUCGAGCACGAAGUCAAGAUGUGCGAACUGAUCAAGCGACAAACCCAUCCUAAUUUGGCGUCUUACUACGGUUGUUUGAGCGAUCAGGGAAGAGUGGUUGGCAUAUGCUUCAAGAAGUACCAGAAAACACUUUUGGAGUCGGUCAAUCCAGGGCGACUCUCCAAGCGACAUUUCAUGGAGAGCGGCCGGCCACUCGUCGAGGACCACAUGAAAGACUGGAUCACGUCCAUACGCAGCGCUGUGGACCAUUUACACACCUUGGGACUUGUCCACAACGAUAUUACGCCGGCGAACGUUAUGAUAGACGAACAUGGGUCUCCUAUUCUCAUCGACUUUGGCGGACUGUGUCGGGUAGGAGAAUCGCUGAGGACAGUCAAGAGGACUUACGGAUGGUAUGAUGAGGCGGUGACAGAAGCAAAUAAGCAGGGUGAUAUAGAUGCACUCGCGGAGAUUGAGGCUUGGUUAUUUGAUGCGCCGGAGGACCUGAGAUUCUCAGAGUGGUGA